AUGGAACAAGCCAUCAGACAUGAUCAACAAAAUUCCAACCGCACAAAUGAAAAUAUCACGAAUCCUGAUCAAUUUCAAAUUUACCAAUCUCCAACAAAUCGCGAGAUGCAUGAAGCAGAUACCUCUAUGGAUGAGGCAUUCUUUGCCCCUAUGUUUCCACUUGGCCCUACAAUGUAUAAUACUUCAGCUAUUUCGAACUCACAAUACCAAAAUGGACCUGAUCAUCAUAAUAACGAUGAACAAAGGAUAAUUUCAUCUGGAUUAGAUUAUCACCUAUCUAACAAUCAUCAACUCUCUCUCGAUCAUAUGCGCCGACGUAUGGAUAAUGAUCGCGAUUUCAGGACCCCUAUCUCAAACACCAAUCAAGUUGGCAUCCAUUAUGACGGCAUGGUUCAAUACGACCCACGAGUACCAUUACUUUCACCCCCUUCUAUAUCUCAAGCACACGAUAUGACGCAAUUGAACGAUCACGCAUAUUCACAGCAGUACUAUUGGAAUCAAGUCCCGAAUUAUUUUCCGCGUGAUCCUACCUCUAUGAUGAUCCCCGACCCGUUCGAAAUUCAACAACCACAGCCAAUUAUCCCAUCUAACAAAAAGACCAUUGCCUGCCCGCAGGUCACAAACCCUCAGCAGAUACCAUCGAUACCAGCUCAUUACAUGGAACCCAAUCAACCCUGUGACACUACAAGAUCAAAACGCUUGAAGUCCUCACGCGAAGAACCUUCAACUCAUCAAACUUGUCCAUCAGCCGAUACGUCCUUUUCAUCAAGCACCGAUGAGAGCAGUCUCAACGAACUUCAUAUAAUUGAAACCUCAAUGUCAUCUUGUGAAUUACUUGAACCUCCCAGUUGCCCGUCUUCUUCACCGCCUCAUGCCAAACAUUCUUCAACAAGUACAGAAGUCUUACCUCUUCCUCUUGGUCCUUCAACAAACUUUUUCUGUAACAUCAAUCAAACCUAUAGCCCUACUCAGGAACCAUUACCCAUCAUCGAUACCCACAAGAAACGAUCUCGUUCAGGCACGAAUGAAAAAUCUUUCAGUGCACCAUCAACGAUCCUAAUUCAUCAACAAAUCCCUAGCAGCUACGCUACAUGUCCUUCAACGACUGCUGUACCUCUUGACGAGAUCGCACCAGGCUUGAAUAUCUCACAGGUAUCUGGAUCAACGGUAGAACAAGCACAAGACGAGCGUUCAGUUACAACGCUCACUAAACCUUUGGCUCCCAAGACCUGUACUUCAGUCGAGCCGACCCAUUUUGAUGAAACAACCAAGCCUGAUCCAUCCCAGAAUUUGACACCGAUUAAACAGUCCAAGAACCAAACUCGACUCAAACGACGCAAAAAAGUACGCGGACCAACACUAUCUAGUUCUGAUAACCAACCACAGCAUAAAAGAGAUAGAUCCAAUAGUAUCACCAAUCAAGAAACACCACCAUCAAAACAAGAAAUGAUCAGUCCAGAAAGCUUAGAAAGAAAACAGUCUAUACAAAAAGCUUUAGAAGCAUUAGAUACUUUAACUGAUUAUCUUUCAAAAGAUGUAAGUGGGAAUAAUGAUCGUAGUAGUUUUGCUACACCUCAACAUUUCUUCGUUUUAGGUGAAUUAGGUGGUAGAUUACGUAGAAGACUUGAUUGGGAACGUGAAUAA